ACAAAUCUCACUAGAACGGCUCGUUUUUUAUCAGAAGCCUGUGAUUUAGUUUUUGAUGCAGCAAGUAGGGGAAAAAACUUCUUAAUUGUUGGUACCAAAAAUAAAGCAGCGGAUUCAGUAGCAUCAGCUGCAAUAAGGGCCCGGUGUCAUUAUGUUAAUAAAAAAUGGCUCGGUGGUAUGUUAACGAAUUGGUCUACUACGGAAACGAGACUUCAAAAGUUCAGGGAUUUAAGAGCAGAACAAAAAGAUGGGGAAACUCAACCGUCUUCCCAAAAGAGAUGCCGCAAUGUUGAAGAGAAAAUUAUCUGCCUUGCAAACAUAUCUCGGCGGUAUCAAAUAUAUGACGGGAUUGCCUGAUAUUGUGAUCAUCGUUGAUCAGCAAGAAGAAUAUAUGGCUCUUCGAGAAUGUGUAAUUUUAGGGAUUCCGACGAUUUGUUUAAUCGAUACAAAUUGUGACCCCGAUCUCGCAGAUAUUUCGAUCCCAGCCAAUGAUGACGCUAUAGCUUCAAUCCGAUUGGUUCUUAACAAAUUAGUAUCCGCAAUUUGUGAGGGCCGUUGUAGCUAUAUAAGAAAUCGUUGAUUAUGAUUAAGAAUAAUUAGUUAAUUAUUUGGGGAUUUUAUAGAUUUAUUGGAUCGGUUACUAUUCUUGAAUUAAAAAAAAGAAAAAACAAAAUGGAAAUGUGGGCAUAUUGAUAAUAUGUUAUGAUGUUAUGUGAUUUCUUGGUAUCCUAUGUAAUUUCUUGAUAUCCUAAAUAUACGAUUGAUGAAUACAAUUAGUGAUUCAAGUUGGUGAGUUGAGAAAGAGAUGGUUGAAUCAAAAUAAUUUAUUUUUUGAAGUUCAAUUUUUGUUAGAGGACCAUAUGAAUGUUAUACCAUGUUCCAUUAAAACACUCAAGGGGUUAUACGAUAUAUCGGGUGUAGAAGUAGGCCAACAUUUCUAUUGGCAAAUAGGAGGUUUACAAGUCCAUGCCCAAGUACUUAUCACUUCUUGGGUAGUAAUUGCUAUCUUAUUAGGUUCGGUGAUCCUAGCUGUUCGGAAUCCACAAACCAUUCCGACCGGCGGUCAGAAUUUCUUCGAAUAUGUCCUUGAAUUUAUUCGAGACUUGAGCAAAACCCAGAUUGGAGAAGAAUAUGGUCCUUGGGUUCCCUUUAUUGGAACUAUGUUCCUAUUUAUUUUUGUUUCUAACUGGUCAGGUGCUCUUUUACCUUGGAAAAUUAUACAGUUACCUCAUGGGGAGUUAGCUGCGCCCACGAAUGAUAUAAAUACUACUGUUGCUUUAGCUUUACUCACGUCAGUCGCAUAUUUUUAUGCGGGUCUUAGCAAAAAAGGAUUGGGUUAUUUUGGGAAAUACAUUCAACCAACUCCAAUACUUUUACCAAUUAACAUCCUAGAAGAUUUCACAAAACCCUUAUCUCUUAGUUUUCGACUUUUCGGGAAUAUAUUGGCUGAUGAAUUAGUAGUUGUCGUUCUUGUUUCUUUAGUCCCUUCAGUAGUUUCCUAUACCUGUCAUGUUUCUUGGAUUAUUUACAAGUGGUAUUCAAGCUCUUAUUUUUGCAACGUUAGCUGCGGCUUAUAUAGGUGAAUCCAUGGAGGGUCAUCAUUGACUAGCUUUCAAAAUAGUCUUUUUAUUAUUAUUUUUUAUUAUUAUUAUUAAGUAAGUUUAUCCCAAUUCAUGCGUGGUUCAAGAUAAUCCAAUUGGUUGGGGAACAUAAUAACGUAUUACUAUAUGACUUAGAGUUUUAGGAGAAAAGAUGGACGGUAUUACAGAAUUGUAAAAAAAAAAAGAAGGGUUGGGGAGGUUAUACUAGAUGUAUGUAAUGUCUAUAAGCUCGGACCCCGUCUAUGUUUCUAGGAAUGAUUCUAGAAUCCGAUUUAAUCUAAAAAAAAUGCGGGUGGUUUACGUUAUGGAAGAAACAAAUAUAUAUGUCAUAUUAGAAUGACAUUAGAUAUUCAUUAGUUAUAUAAGGCUAUCCCUAUCAUCCUAUAUAACAUCACUAUAUUACAUAAUUACAUGCUAUUACUUAAUUACAUGCUAUUACUUAAUUACAUACUAUUACUAUUUUUAUAAUCAUAACUUCUACUCUGUAAUCAUAAUAUAAUCCUAUACAUAAUAUAAAAUAUAAUCCUAUACAUAAUAUAAUCCUAUAAUGAUAAUAUAAUAUAAUAAUAAUAUUAAUAUAAUAAUAAUAUAAUAAAUAUAAUAAUAAAUAAUAAUAAAUAAAUAAAUAAAUAUAAGUAAAUAAAUAUAAGUAAUAAAAUAAGUAUUAGUUAACAUUAAUAAUUAGUUUAAUAGUUAAUAUUAAUAUAAGUAUUAAUAUUCAUAUGUAAAAUAUCUAAGUAUCAAUUAAGUAUUAGUUAAUAUAAUCAUUUAUAAUUAUAUUAUCGAUAAUUAUUAGUAUUAAUUAUUACUAUAUAUUGAUAUUGGUACUACUACAUACUUUUAUAUUACUACAUAUUGAUAUAUUGAUAUUGAUUUGUAUUGGUAUUAAUUUGAUUGAUAUUGAUUGCAGCUCACACUGCAUUUAGUCACACUCCAUUUAGACGGAUUUCAAUAUCAGUCCUUCUAUUUUGUCUGUGAUUGUGGAUUGAAUGAACAAAGAGAUGAACUCAAGAAUGGUGUAGUAAAGAACGAAGAAUUAAAUGAAAGAGUGGUUCGAAACAAAGAAAUACAAUAGUUAGAACUGUAUGCAUAUGGAUUUACAAAAACUCCAUUAUGGGUAAAAACGAGAUAGUUGUGACGAUUCAGUUCAGUAAUUUAGUAAUAUUAUCAUUUCAAUUCGGAGUUUUUAGUUACUUCGGACCGCUGGAUCUUAAUGAUAAAAUGAGUAAUAAUUCAUUGGUUGAUUGUAUCAUUAACCAUUUCUUUUUUUUUGUGCGAGGAACUUACCAUGAAUCCACUGAUUUCUGCCGCUUCCGUUAUUGCUGCUGGAUUGGCCGUGGGGCUUGCUUCUAUUGGACCUGGAGUUGGUCAAGGUACUGCUGCAGGCCAAGCUGUAGAAGGUAUUGCGAGACAACCAGAAGCAGAGGGUAAAAUACGAGGUACUUUAUUGCUUAGUCUAGCUUUUAUGGAAGCUUUAACAAUUUACGGACUGGUCGUGGCGUUAGCGCUUUUAUUUGCGAAUCCUUUUGUUUAAUCCUAGAAAUAAAUAGAAAAAAGUACCUUACAUACUUUUUUCUUAUUUUAUUAACUUUAACUUGGAAUUGCCCUUUGCUUCUUCGAAUUAUAUUUACACUUUACUUAUAAAUUACUUAUUUGUUGAGACAAUACGCCAGGAAGGGCUGAUUUGAGGAUGAGGAAUUACCAGAUUCGCUUGCUUUCUUCCUUUCUGUCCUUAGCUUAGUACAAUAGAAAACUUUUUUACUUUCAUUGUUCGAAGCGUUUCAACAAACGAAAUAGUUAUCAAUUGAUAUGAGAUCUAAGACCUAAGUAAAGUAUCUUAUUGGAAACUUCUUGAAAACUUAAAAAAUAAUAAAUUUCAAACAAAUGAUUUAAUCUAUUGCCAUUAAAUAAAGUGGAAAUGAAAUUAAUAAAAAGAAAUCGAUCAAAAAAAGGCGAGUGAAGUGAUACAAAAAGAACUCUGUUCUUUGUUAGUCCUAUCCAUAAGAGAGGGGAGCAUAUGAAAAAUGUAAUCGAUUCUUUCGUUUCCUUGGGUCACUGGCCAUCCGCCGGGAGUUUCGGGUUUAAUACCGAUAUUUUAGCAACAAAUCCAAUAAAUCUAAGUGUAGUGCUUGGUGUAUUGAUUUAUUUUGGAAAGGGAGUGUGUGCGAGUUGUGUAUUUCAAGAAUAGGUUGGAUCCAUCCAGCUGCACUUUAUUUAUGGUAUUUAUAGGAGAAAUAGGAAAAAGGUGCACGAUCUCGACGAAUUACUUCUGAAUAAAUUAAGAAAUCAUAUGUAAGAACCAUAGCAUUUCGUGACUUAUUGGUAAAUCCACUUUGAUUCUCUAUCAACCAAUAAUGUGAGACCAUUAACAUGGUUAAAGCUAAAUUGUUUAAAGUCCAGGUAAAACAUGGUACUCUUUCUACCACUUCUACCACUACGUUAGUAACGAAAUGGUUAAAAAAAAAAUAGUUGGUAAUUUAUUUGAUUUGAUAUAGAACACUCAUAUCGAUAAAAGAAUUUGAACCAUUUACUAGAAAAAUGAGCACUUUGCUUUUUUUAUCUAAUGCCGAAAUGACGACCUAUGUAUAAAAAAAGAGGAAUUUUUGGACUUGAAGAAACAAAUAAAAAAUAUAAUAAUUAUUAUUUUCAUUUUUUUAAAAUGAAAAAUGAAAUAGAAUUCUAAAAAUGAAAAUGAUAAAUAAAAUACAAAACAAAUAUAAAUAAAAUACAAAUAAAGAAACAACUUUGCUGACAAUUCUAGAUUUUUGUCUGGUCUAGUCGGAAGAGUCCUCCUGAUAUUCUGGUCUUGUAUCAGUUUUGACAUCUUUGAAUACAAACAGAAAAGAGAGGGUAGGCUCAUUACAUUAAAAAAGAUAUGGGAAUACCCACACCAUAAAUAAAACAUUAAAAAAGAUAUGGGAAUACCCACACCAUAAAUAAAAUAAAUAAUUGAGCGUGAGAGCCAAAUGAAUCGAAAGAUUCAUGUUUGGUUCGGGAAGAGAUCAUGGAAGUUUUGAAAUUAAUGAUAAGAUAAUCUACUUUCAUUAAAUGAUUUAUUAGAUAAUCGAAAACAGAGGAUUUUGAAUACUAUUCGAAAUUCGGAAGAAUUACGUAAAGGGGCCAUUGAGCAGCUCGAAAGAGCCCGGGCUCGCUUACGUAAAGUGGAAA